GUGUGCAUUGUAAACCGCUCGUUGACAUCGAUGCCAAAACAAAACAUCCUAUACGAAUUAUAAAAUAACAUAAACAAAAGUGAAAAUAUUUAAUAAAUUGAACAAUAACUCUUGUGGAAUUUAGUUUGUGAUGUUUGGUUUGUGACUGGAUCAGUGGUAUAUUUGUAGGCGAUCGUAAAGUUUUUGUUAAACUUUUCACCGAACACGAGCCAUGUGACUAAGACGAAGCAACGAAAUAAAAGUAAUGUGGUUGCUAGUGGCGGUGCUGAGCCUGACGGUGGUGGCGGCCGGCAGCACGUCGUGCGAGGAUGCGCGAAUGCGAUGUCUAUACCGUACUGGUUGCGGCGCCGCAAUCAACAACUACAUGAAUCUUUGUAACGAAGUACUCUCUAAACCUACCACCGUGUGCCCGAAGGCCUGUGAGCACGCCCUCAUCGCAUUAACGUCCACUGAAGAAGGGAAGGAACUCAUGAACUGCCAAUGCGAAGACCAGUAUUGCUUGGACGCGAAGAAAAGAAUUGAUGUAUGUCGACCACAAGUAUUGAGAGGAGCGGCUAAUGCGACAUCUUCUUGUCGCCUCUCCCAACUUAUUUGUUUAGCUGACGCGCAGUGUGCAACAGCUUUAGGUUACUACUACCAACUAUGUAGAUCAGUGUACCGCGGCAAAAAGUGCUCCAACAAGUGUCUGAACUCCAUAGAAAUCUUAAGGAAGCAAGAGAAAGCGGCGGCCCUAACGGUGUGUCGCUGUGACGGUAACGAAGAUUACGAUUGCCCCAGGAUGCAAAACAACCUUGCUAGGCUUUGCUUCCACAAGCACCUAAAGAACCAUACGAAGAAUCACGAGAGAGGCUAUGGGGAGAAGCAUAAAAAGCAUCACCAUCAAGAGUUGCCAUCGGCAACGAAUUCCAUUACCGUAACGAGUCUAUUGUUUUUGUUAUGUACUUUUGUCUCUUCAAAUUAUAAUACGUGACAUAAGCUUCAAGAUCUACCUCAGAUACUUAUAUCUUAUACAAUUAUUAUAAUUUUAAUGAAUUAGUGUUUGUAGAUAUGUAUAGAUCAGUAUGAUUAAUUUUUUAAUUAAAAUAUAUUUAUAAGAGAGGGUUUGCAAGGGCUAGCGCGUUUAGGUUACACAUAGGGUUUUAUAUUUGUGCGUGUGAAUGAGUUUGUGUUUAUGGUUAAUACAUAUAUCCGAAUAAAUUUAUCUGUGAAGCUUUAGCCGCCCACGGGCGCAUGCGCGGGCAUCGCGCUAUAAAUACAGCGGUGCCGGUGGUCCGGUGACAAAUGCAGGGUUGUUCCCGUCGCGGCGCCACGCCGAUUGAUCUAAAGCUAGGCGGUAACGCGACAUGUCAAACAGAUGAAUAUAAAUUCGACCAUUUUUCAUCUCACUCGAUCUCAUUAGAUCAGAAAAGAAUGCAAUUCAAAGAGUCGCGCAUUUAGCGAGACGUCGGGAAGUGGAUGUCUGGAGUGGGUAAUUCUGGUAGGCGAAACACUAAUCGUCGCCAGUGAUGUUGGCUCGCUACAAAAAUGCGGGAUGAGAUACCAGCAUCAUUCAUUGACAUCCUUUCGAGAUCGUUUCGACUUUAGUAGUUCAUUAAUAAAUAACGAUCUCUACUGGAUCAUUAUAAAAAAUAUUUUUAAUAAGCGGAACAUUGUUUCAACUUGCUAAAUAGGGCAUGGGCAUUUCCAUUUUUAAAAUGAA